AUGUAUUUUAACGAGGAAAAAACGAAAUCAUUGGGAGCAAGAUUCGAAGGGGGCAAACUGGCAAAAAAAGUUCAUAAAAGCCUAGAACAAUUGAAACGGCAUGAUCCGGAUGUUCAAUUAUCAUUGGACCCUACAAGAUUCUUGCUUGUCAGCAACAGCAGCAUUCUUUGUAAUGUCUCAUUGGAAGAACUUGAAGCGAUUUUCUUGCCACUCGAUGAAGAUGCCGAAUUCAUAGUCUAUCCGAAUAAACGAUCAUAUUCUUUUGUUCAAUGUUCAUCUGUUGAAAAGGCUAUCACUGUGCGGUCCGAACUGCAUGGGCUUAUUCCACAAUCUCUCAAAAACUCGCAUCAACCGUUCAUCAUUUCAUUCGUUCAGAAUUUGCCUAAAGCAAAGAAAAGUGAAAACUUUCGUCCUGCGGAUCUGGAAGUUGUAGAAGAUUAUGUAUCUGAACAGAUUGAGAAGGAACUUGUUGAUUUGCUAAUCAAUCACCCUAAAGUUCAAUCGCUGAAGCAUCGUGCUGUCGUCCAUUUCGGUCAUGUCUUUGAUUACAGUACCAAUUCUGCAUCGGAGUGGAAGGCAGCAGAUCCAAUUCCUCCAGUUAUCAACACGCUGAUUGAUAAACUGAUGUCGGAGAAAUAUAUAACUGAAAGACCUGAUCAGAUUACUGCCAACGUUUAUGAGCCUGGACAUGGCAUUCCUUCUCAUUAUGAUACACAUUCAGCAUUCGAAGACCCCAUUGUUUCAAUUAGCCUUCUCUCCGAUGUGGUGAUGGAGUUCAAAGAUGGUGCGAACUCGGCUCGUAUCGCCCCAGUUCUUCUAAAAUCAAAAUCUUUAUGUCUCAUCAAAGGAGAAUCUAGGUUUCGAUGGAAGCACGGUAUCGUUAACCGAAAGUACGAUGUCGAUCCCAGAACGAACCGAGUCGUACCACGUAAAACUCGAGUUUCCCUCACACUACGCAAAAUUCGACACAACCCGUGCGAGUGUAAAUGGAAAGAGUUUUGCGAUUGGGAUAGAAAAGGUGAAAUGAGUGUGCCGUCAAGUGAAGAUCUCGCCCUGAAACUCGAAAACUCAUACGUGUCCGAUGUCUACGAAAAUAUUGCAUCCCACUUUGACGAGACAAGACAUUCGAGUUGGAGAGCAGUGAAAAAUUUCAUCGAUGAAAUUCCUCGCGGAAGCGUGAUGUAUGAUGUUGGAUGUGGAAAUGGAAAGUAUCUCAUUCCGAAAGACGGUCUGUUCAAGAUUGGAUGUGACAUGUGUUUCGGACUCUGUGAGAUCGCUUCCAAAAAGAAUUGCCAUAUAGUUCGGUGCGAUGCUCUCUUGCUUCCAUUCCGCGACGAAUCUGCUGACGCUGCCAUCUCUAUCGCUGUCCUCCAUCACAUUGCUACAUUUGAACGACGAAAAAAGAUGAUUGAAGAAUUGCUGAGAGUUGUAAAACCGGGAAGUAAGAUUUGCGUGACUGUGUGGUCGAUGGAUCAGAGUAAAUCUGAAUACGCAAAGAUGCGUGGCAAUAAAGAUGAGCAACUGACAGAAAACGAGACAGGCGGAAAAUCAGAUAGAUUGAAAGUUCAUGAUGGCAAAGACUUUCAACAGCAAGAUGUGUUAGUACCAUGGACGAUUGAUCAACAGGGAGAAACUUAUCUUCGAUACUACCAUGUGUUCCGAGAUGGAGAGGCGGAACAUUUAAUUGGGAAUGUUGAUGAUUGUGAAUUGGUCAGCGUUGAGAAAGAGCAAGGGAAUUACAUAAUUGUUAUAAGAAAAAAUUGUUUUUCAUCGAAUUAA